CUGCAAUCGUACCUCACUGCAACGCUAACGAUAUAUCAUCGGACAGGCGCAAAAACUCCUAAAGCCAAUACUCAACAAUCACCUCCUCAAAAAGCAUCUAGCAUCGAUACAUUCACCAACUGCAGUCUGAGAUCAGUGUAUGUCUGAUUGGUUGUUUGCAUCAUGGAUUCAGAAGAGGAGGUCAUUGAAGAUCUAGCUACUGGUGUGAUGAGCUGCUCUAUAGAAUGCGGAGAAGCAGGAGUCGAACGGUCUUCGACUCCUGCAGAGAAAUCCUUUCCCGAAAGGGUUAAGGACGUUGUCAUCGACGAGCAGGGAAACAAGAUUUAUCUAGUGAAAUGGUUUGGUUUUCCGGAAGAAGAAAACACUUGGGUGAGCGAGAGUCACCUGAAAAGUAUAUCACUCUCCUUUUCCCAUCUUAUGGACGAGUUCAAUAAGAGCCGACAGGCUGUGCAGAAUCAAGGUGGUCACUCUUCGGGGCUACAAGAUAUGGCAGCCGGUGUUGAUUUUAGGAACGCCAGGAGGCAACAGUGUCCAUAUGAAAGACACCAGUUCCCAGAAGCAGGAGAAGACUUCCCAUAUGGAGGACCCGAGUACCCAUAUGAAGUGAUAGGAUUGAUUGAAAAUGGAGAUGAUUACGAUGUGAUUCUUAAAUGGCAUAAUAAGGAUAGUCUUGAGGUUAUUCCACGUAGAGUUGCCAAGCAGAUAUGGCCAGAGGUGAUCAUGAGAUAUUUUGAGGACAAUCUUGUUUGCCAUCAAGGAAUUGGAUUUUUAAGGAGGAGUUCGGAUCCCAGACGAAAACAAUAAGAUCUGAAAUUCGCAGGUAGAAGCAUAUUAAAUGACAUCCCACUUCAAUUGGUGUUGCUUUCUUAGCAUAGGUCCAAAAUAUAUCCAAUUAUAUUCCAAAUAUAUAAAUAUAAUCAAUAGAUUAGGUCCACUGUCAACUAGAAUAUUGAAAUUGUAAACAUUUUCUCGUUCACCACAUAAAAUAUUUAAUGGAAAUGUCGAUGUUUCAAUAAAAUGUCUAUUUCAAAAACUAAUUCAACUUAUUUGCCAACUCCAUCAUUUAUAAGUUUUCCAGAAAUAUAACCGGGAUUGAAUCGAAUCUGAAAACCACUUAUUUCACCUAACAUUUUUUCUCGCAUUUUUUUAUCUCUCAAAAACCAAACAAUUUCAAUAUUGAGAAAUGAAAGCUAGUAGAAGAUACCUGUGUAAUAUUUAAGAAUU